AGGGUAGGCACUUCACUCACCACAACCAACAAUGAAGGUCCUCCUGAUUUCCGCCGCCCUCGUCGCCGCCGCCCUGUGUGCCGCCCCAGCACCGCCCGCGGGGUGGACGCCAUCAGGAAGACUCCUCCUGGUACCCGCCCGCCUGGAGGCUUACCCACCCCCGGCCGAGUACCCCCAGACCACCGUCCAGCCAGAGACCAACCAGACUCACGUUGCUCAGGAAUCUGAGUCAGACGAAAGCCAGUCUGGAAAGUUGCUGGAGAGCGGAGAGUACUACGUGUUGUUGCCCGACGGCCGCCUUCAGAUGGUGAAGUACGCUACUGCAGCUCUCAAGUCUGGGGAGACCGACUCCAAGGAUGCGAAGAACGAACAAACCCAGAACAACCCAGCGGAACAGUUCCAGAACGCUUACUACAUCCAGGCCCAGGAGGAACAAAAGCAGGAACAACCCGCUCAAUACAACAACGCUCCUUACAAGUUCCAGCCAGCUGCUUACCCCGUGUUUAUCCGACCUCAAGAGAGCGACAGCUCCCGGUACACCGCUGAGAACUCCCAGAACUUCCAGAAUUUCCAGAAGUUCCAGAAGCCCGAGGAAUCCAAGUUCCAGCAGGUCAAGGAGGAGCCAAACUACCAGAUCGACUUUGUCCAGUUCCCUCUGCAAGGCGCUCAGCAGUUCUCUCAGACCAAGUUGCAGCUCAGUGAGGUCAAGUCUGAACAAACCAAGGCCGAGGAGAAGGAAGAAGCCUCUGGGUUCGAGGCUAACCUCCAGUACAGAGAAGUGAAGCCCAUCUCCGCUCCCAUCUACGCGUACAACCCCACCCCGUUGGUUCGCAUACUCAAGAAGUAAAAGAAAUAUUUGUAUUUGUGCAAAAGGUCAACAUGUCUUUAAUUUAUAUAUUUAAAUGUAUGGUAUUUAAUUAUUUAUUUGAAAUCUUGUGAAUAAUAAAACCA